GACUAAUUGGAAUAAAUACAUUACUGAUACACAAGCAGAACCAGCUGAUGAUCCAAUCUUUAAUGAGGUCCAAAAAGCAGGCACUGGUAGUUUACUGUUUCGUGUUGGAAUGAGACUAGAGGCUAAGGACCGUAUGAACCCAGAGCUCAUCUGUGUCGCCACUGUGAAAUCAAUAAAGCCAAAUGGAGACUUGUUGAUUCAUUUUGAUGGAUGGAGUGACGGCUACGACUACUGGUGUAAGCCAGAUUCAACUGAUAUCCAUCCAGCCAUGUGGUGUAACAAACAUAACAAGAAGGUUACUCCUCCUAAAGGUCACGUUGGGAAUUUCUUGUGGAAUACUUAUUUACAUGAUCCAGAUAUUAAUCCUGCCCCAGCUCAUAUAUUCACUGAGUUGCAGCUGGGUGUUGCUCCAUCAGGUAACAGGAACCAGUUGAGAUUAUUCCGAGUUGGUAUGAGACUGGAAGCUAAAGACAGAGCCAAUCCUGCCCUCAUCUGUGUGGCUACAAUAACUGAUAUUAAUGAUAAUAAAUUACUCAUUCAUUUUGAUGGCUGGUCAAACCGGUAUGACUACUGGUGUGAUCCGGAUACAGUUGAUAUCCAUCCAAUAGGCUGGUGUGCUAGUAAAGGAAUUCACCUUCAACCACCUCAUGGUCGGCAUGGUCGGUUUACUUGGGAGGUCUAUCUACAGGAGGUUGGAGCAGAGAGAGUGCCAGAUGAGGCCUUCACACCAGCUCAAAGACAAUAAUUAUUAUUAUUGGUGUAGUGGAGUUUUAGCAAGUUUACAAUGUCAUGUAUUAGAUAUAAAUAUUGCAUGUAUUUUUAACUCGUAACUAUUUUUCUAUUAUCACUAAAAUUUUUAUUCCUUUGAUUUUUAUUUUGUAAUUGGCCAGCUCAUGAUUUUAUAUACAAAUCGAAA